AUGAUGGGAUGGGCAAAUGUUUUAUGUAUUGGUAUAUUCAUAGUGGAAUAUGUUAUUGGGGCUCCAAAUCAAUCACGUAUUUGUAAUAGACAUCCAGGUCAACCAUCAUUUACUGGGUAUAAAGUUGAGAAUCGAGUUAAUGUAAAGAAUUUUGUAAACAGUUAUCAUCUAAUCUAUUGUAAUGAUAAUGUAUUGAUGUAUGAUCUUAAUUUAAAUGAAUCAAUCCCAUGGGCACAAGCUCUACAAUUUUCAAAUACAGCCUUAAGUUCAAAAUUAAAUAGAGUAGCAUUGGCAAGAAGAAAGUCAUUACGAAGGAUUCCAAUUUUCUUACCAAAUACUUUGGUAGGAGCAUUAUAUUAUGAAGAUGAUACAGUUAUAGGAUUUAGUAAUUCCAGAAGUAAAGAUGAAGAGAAAGAAGUGAAAUCAUUAUUCCAAGUUCCAUUGAAAUCUAUUCCUUUAGUUGCCGAUAGUUUUCUUGAUUAUUGGAUGGAAAUCAAUAUGCUGCUUGAUACUGUUAUUCAUAUACCUAUACUUUCAACGCCUGGUAUAGAAAGUAGAAGAUUUAAACCAGAAUUUUAUGAGAAUCAAAAGAAUGGAGAUUGGUCAAAGUAUAUAUCUGCUUCAGAAGCCUAUUCGUUUGAUUAUGAUUCUCGAAUUUGGUUUCGUAAGGCGUUAGAUCGUACUUUGAAAUUAUUAAAUACCUAUUCAAAACUAAUUCCAACAAAGUUCAAACUGUUAAAAGAUGAAUAUCAUAACACAUAUGAAGAACAUGAUGCUCAAUUUCUUUAUAAACUUGUGUUAAUUUCAAAAUUUAUUCCCAAAUCAUUGUUCAGUCGGUUGUUAACUAAAUUGGAUUCAAUACUAACAAAUCCCCAGUAA